UCAUGCUGCUGCCAAGUCUAGAGUCUCUCAUGGGUCCCUGUACGGCCUCCCAUUGCUGCUGUCUCCAUCGCCACACUCUGCCAUGUGCCACUUUCAGGUCUCUUCACACUGCUGGUGUGUUUAAAUUUUUUGACAUAGGGUGCAGGCAGAUUACGGGCCUCACAUAGCUGCUGCCAGGCCCCUAAUCUGCCAUGGGCCCCUAUAUACCGCCUCCUCAUGCUGCUGCCAAGUCCAGAGUCUCUCAUGGGUCCCUGUACGGCCUCCCAUUGCUGCUGUCUCCAUCGCCACACUCUGCUGCCAUGUGCCACUUUCAGGUCUCCUCACGCUCCUGCUGGUUUCCAUUUUGUCA